AUGAAAGCUAUAUUCGUGGCCGUUGGGCUUUUGGCGGUCUUCGCCAUCGCAUUCGCAGAGGAGGAGAAGAAGGAGCUCAGUGAGGAAGGCUUGACUAUCUUGAACCAACUCAGAGAGCUGAGGAAAGAAGAGGAAGACGCACUCGAAGCUGUUGAAGAUGUAGCAGAGAAGGCCCUGAUCACUAAGAUUUUGGAAACGGAAGAGGACGAAGCUGACAAGCUCGAGAAAACCGAGGAAUCCACCCGUGUGAAGCGUGCGGCUCGCGGACGAGGACGUCGUGGCCGUGCCCGUCGUGCACACCGCAAUCGUGCCGCUCGCAAACGUUUCCAACGCCGUCUUCGCCGCAACCAGCGACGUGCUGCACGUAAGCGUCAAGCACACGCCCGCCGACACCGCAAGAACCAACGCCGUGCCGCAGCCAAGCUCCGCCGUCGUCGUCACCGCGGAUAG